AUGGCUAUGCCGACGGCCCUGGCCGUCGGCAUAGGGUGCGAUUCCGGUAGUCACGGCCAGGUUGACGUACCCUUCAUGCAGAGCCGGGAGUCGCAGUUCGUCGCCGUGCACCAGGGGUUCAAGGUGCUCAAACUCCGGUACAAGAUGGGGGCGCCAGAUCACAAGGGCACCACAAAACAUUCUCCUCCAUUGGGUCGCCCUGAUUCUGAUCCCUACAGCUACAAUGGUGUUGGUGCUGCUCCGUACGCCCAUCCCCGCGUGAGUGCUGCAUACAACCGUGGGGGUGGGGGUCCGUCUCCAAAUUAUUUUCCCGUCAGACCUCACCCAUACUUCCACCAACAUUACUAUCCUCCUCCGUUCCGCAACUCCUUCUCUCCCUACACCUAUCCGAGGCCAUAUCCUCCUUAUGGUGCACUUGGCCCCGUUGGCUACCCUCCUAACCCCUACUUGCCCCGCCAUGAUGCAUUUGGCAACAGCUACUACGCGCCUAACGAGGAAGGGACUGAAGCUGCGGCGGUCACCAUCACCGAGUGCGGCUAUGGAGGAUGCAGCCGAUUGCCGCCGCCACCUCCACAAGUGGAUUUCAUCGUCGACCAUCCGUUUGCCUACUACAUAAUGGAGGAGGCGACCGGCACAGUUGUGUUUGCAGACCCCUCCAAGGAGUAA